UGUUGUACCUUUUUUUUUGUUCCGUCGUCUUCUUCCUGAACUCUAUUUCGGAAGUCCAAAUCUGCUAUUAAAGACAUUUCUUUUCACACUCUCUUUCCUGAAAUCUGAAUAGUAUCGACAGAUUAUAUAUGUUAGAUCUUACCAAUCACUGGGAAAACAACCUAUCGGUGAAGUCAAAAGAAGGCAAAAAUGGGUUUGGAGAGCGUUGGUGGGCUGGCGAUGCACAUAAUCCUCUGCAAAUUGGGGCCACUGGAGGCCGCCUCGAUUUCCUGCCUCAGCAAGCGCUUUCGGGUUUGGGCCUCCGAAGAUUCCCUUUGGGCCCAGUUCUGUUCCCACGAUCUCGAUCUCUCUUCUCCCCUUGAUCCAAACGGGAAUACAGCACCUUCUUUCAAGGGGGUGUCUGUUCUAACUUCUAGGUGUACUAAGGAUGCAGCAUAUCAAUCAUGGAGAGAAGAAUUCACUUUGUACCCAUGGCCACUCGUCCUCCGUGCUAAAAGAUGCUGGGGCAGACUCAAGGACUGGUUAGCUACCAACUUCCCAGAGGUUUUACCCACUUUGCGCCCAGGUGCUUCUGAAGAAGAGAUUGAUGAGUUCGAGAAGUCUAUGAAAGUAAAAUUGCCUCUUCCUACUCGUGUCCUUUACCGACUUUGCGAUGGUCAAGAGCUACCGGGUGAACACUUUAGUGGAGGCUUACCUUCGAGCCUAUUAGGUAUAAUUGGUGGGUACACACUGUAUGAUCAUCUUGUGAAUGUGUUCUUGCUUCCCUUGAGGCAAGUGAUGAUCGACACAAGGAGCAUUAUGCCUCAGCUUGGGUCAAGAUAUAAGUAUGUUGUGGUGGCAGCUUCUGCUACUUACAGCGAGAAGAUAUUCCUUUUCGACUGCAGCAGUGGGCAGCUCUUUGUGGGCACGAGAAAUCUGGUGACUGAGGGAGAAAUGCUGCCUUGUGUGCCUGAGGAGUUAAUAAAUUGUGCGCGUGAUGCUGAAGGCGAUCAGCAGCAGGAUGCAAUGCUGUUGUGGCUUGAAGAGCAUGGCCGUCGCUUAGAGAAUGGAAUCAUUAAAGUACGCAAAGAGGGAAAAAUCAGAAGCAUUAAUUUGUUCCCUGAGCUGCCACCUCUCUGCACUUCUGCGGUGACGAAUGGGGUUAAGGUUCGUGCUUCUGCUGCAUUUGUGCCUGAGUUCAGUAACCUUCAGGAUGAGUCGGAGAAGUUUUUGUUUGCUUAUUCAGUUCGCCUGUCACUUUCUCCUGAUGGUUGCAUCAUCAAUGGUCUGACAUUCAACUCGUGCCAAUUAUAUUGGAGGCACUGGAUUAUACGCUCUCGUGAUGUUAUUGUUUCUGAUAUAAAUGGAGAAGCUGUGAUAGGAAAGUUUCCACUACUACGUCCUGGUGAAGAAGAGUUUGUUUAUGAGAGUUGUACACCUCUACCGGCACCACAAGGAUCUAUUGAAGGCUCUUUUACUUUUGUUCCUGGAAGGUUAGUAGAUCCAAAGGGUAACCCAUUUGCAGUUGAAGUGGCUUGCUUUCCCCUGCAGCUGCCCGACUACAUUUUCUGACAAACGAAAAAGCCUCAAAUUGCAGUGCGGCAAUACUGAUACUGUUGUAAUAUAUUGUUCAGUUUUCUGGUACUUUUUCUUGGUUUGAGAAGAUUGGGGGCAUUUGAAUUGUUGAUGACCAGCUAAUAAUUUGCCUAUACUAAAAUGGAGGUAAUAUCCAUCUAUCUAUCUAUUUAAAGAUUUCCACACUUAUUUCUAGCUACAUAAAACGUGUACCGCGUGAAAUCUAACUUAUGGAGAUAGUAGACGUUCAUGUUCAUGUACAAGAAUACGAUGUUCACUCUCGGCUCGUUUGUUAACUAGGAUAAGAAAGGAUUCAUGGGUUUAUCUUUGGCUAAUCGUUCGUUUUUUAUUGGGCCUGCAUGAUUAUCGACGGCCUGGGAGCAGCUCGGGAGCAAAUCCACUACGGUUGUGUUUUGUAAAC